GCUACCGAAAUCUCUACCGGGGAGUGCUUUCAGGUCGCGCAUAUAACAGAGGAGCGUGUGGCGUAUUCGUUCGAAACAGAACUGUGAGCGCCUUAGGCUUGUACGAAACGCGGAGAGUUUCGUGGCUUCAUCCAAGUAGGCGACACGACGCGGCCAGUUCUGCCGUGUUGGGGCAGCAAGGGAUCCCUCCCCUGAGAAUAAUUCCAGAGUGUUGUUUCUGCACAGGGCGCAACGCUCUUAGAACUGCAGCAGCCUCGGGAGAGCACACACGUCGCGCAAGAGAGCACCUUGGAAAAGAGAGAGCCAGUGCGCAAAUUUCUGCAGCAAGAGUUGUCUGCCCCCUUCCUGGCGCAAUGUUCGGCUUGGGCCCAGGCUUAGGCCGGCUUCCUCGUGGAGGAAUGCGUGAUUACGGUGGUGGUGGUGGUGGUGGUGGGCGAGGGCAACGCCGUCGGCCGUGGGCCCUGAUCCUCGCCCUACGGCUUGUUCACCAGAUCUCUCAGCUCCAGCACAAGCCGCCCUUGACCCUGGCCCUUAUGGCGGGCAUGUCUGCCCUGCACUUGAAGCCCGACAUUUUCAAGGACCUGUUCGGCAGGAAGGGGGUGUUCGAGUGGAGCUGGCUUACGGGAGGUUUCGAUCACAUUCGGAACGUGUGUCUGCUGCCUGCGUCUAUUCUGGAUACGUACGAACGAACGGGUGAGGUGGAGAUCCGACGCUUGCUGAUGUCCCCGUUCGUGCACGGAGACGACAUGCAUCUGUACUACAACAUGGCUUCCUUCCUGCUCAAAGGGGUGUCGCUGGAGCUAACCAUGGGGACGCAGGCUUUCGCCGGGCUCUUGUCCUUCAGCCUCCUCGCCUCUCAGACGCUCAUGAUGCUCUCCGCCUGGGUCCUACUAGUCGUGUUCGAUGUGCCGUCACCUAUGCACGCCUGUGCGGUCGGCUUCAGCGGGGUGCUGUUCGCGCUGAAGUACGUCUUGUCUCGACGGUCCCCAGGGGUCACAUCGGUGAUGGGAUUUAGCGUGCACACCCGUUACGCCACCUGGCUGGAGCUUGUGCUGAUUUCUGUCAUGGUCCCGAACGCGUCCUUCCUGGGCCAUCUGUGUGGGAUCUUGGCCGGCGUGUUGUACGUCGAGGUGCCGAUCGUCCUUCGCGUGGUCAACCUCUUCACGGGAAUCUCGCUCUACAACAACAGGCGGGGGCGUUCGUACACGUACAACAGCGGCACUAGCGGCAGGGCUAGUCCCGAAGGGGCGAGAAGAGAAACCCGGCAGCAGUCGCCGAACCCCCCCGCUGCGUACGACAUAGACAGCGACCCCGAGGCGGAAGAGGCGGCUUUGCAAGAGGCACUACGGCGUUCUCUGCUAGACAGCACGAGGGGCGGCGGUGCUGGCGACAAUUUGAGGCGGGACAACGGCAAUAGCGCCGCCGACAACCCUGGGUCAAGGUCUCGACCAAUUGGGGAUGAUGCGGUUGCAGCCACAGAAUUUUUGGGACCGGCACCGACCGCCCCACCUCCGGAAGAGAACGCUGGUGGUUACGGGGCAGGGGGUGGCGAAAUAGCACCGGAUGAGUUGCGUAGACGACGCCUGCGACGCCUUGGUGCGGGCAGGUGAUGUGAUAGAGGGUCUGGGAAAAUACAUUUCCCAAAUUGGUGGUGAUUUGCUCUCUGUAUGUGUGUUAGAGGUCAGUAAUAAUUUGUUGCUGUGUU